CAGACAGAUGUUGACAAGAAAGGCUCUUUUAAAAUCUUGCUUGGAUAGAUUUCUGCUAACUGCACAUAUAAAUAGGAGCAGAGGGCCAGUCACCUCUGUAACCAGCAGCAGAAGCCGCAGCUUCAGACGCAGCGAGAGAGACCUCAGAGCAAGGAGAGCGCGGCCGCCUGCGCAGCUGCCUGACGGGCGGCUCCCACAGACGCCGGCUGCGCCGCGGCCCUCCCUUCCUCUCCUCCUUCGACUUUCCCUCCUCCUUAAUUACUUACUUCUUUCUCCCAGUGGACUUACGACCACUUUGCCCCCUCCCCUACUGUAGCUCGUCGCCUUCCCUUUCUUCCUUCUACAUCUCUCUCCUCGCCCCCUUUUCUCGGAGUCACGCUCCCCCCUAGUUCUGUGCGUCUACAAACUUUUGAACAGAAUACUGGCCUCAGCAAACAAGUCCUCCAGCUCCUCCUGCUGCUCCUACUCAUUCCUGCGGUUUCUCAGACAAUAAAGCCAGACGGUGAUGCCUCUUGGGUUGUGACUUCAGCGCAGAAACUUGGACACCCUUUGCCCGCCGUCCUACUUGGCAGCAAACUGAGCGUCCUUCUAGCAGCGAAUGACCAUGUGUAGCGGAGCUAGGCUGGCCCUGCUGGUCUACGGGAUAAUAAUGCACAGCAGCGUCUACUGCUCACCUGCCGCCGCCGGCCUCCGUUUUCCAGGGAUCAGGCCGGAAGACGAGGCGUACGAUGAGGACGAAAACCCGCGGCUGGACUUCUCCGACUGGGACCCGCCGCGCGCGGGAAGCGCCGCCUCCGUGCUGGGGGACGCCUACUACUACCCCGCGGAGCAGAGGGAUGUCGCCCACGGGAUCCUUAACAAGGCGUACCGCAAGGUGCUGGGUCAGCUAUCCGCCAGGAAGUACCUGCAGACGCUUGUGGCCAACGGAGCGGGCGGGAACCUAGGCGGCGGCGCGGAGGAGGACUCGGAGCCGCUCUCCAAGCGCCACUCGGACGGAAUCUUCACCGACAGCUACAGCCGCUACCGGAAACAAAUGGCUGUCAAGAAAUACUUGGCUGCUGUCCUAGGGAAAAGGUAUAAACAAAGGGUUAAAAACAAAGGACGCCGAAUAGCGUAUUUGUAGCGAUGAGUUACCAGCUACCCAGUGUAUACAACCCUGACACAAUGAAAAGUCAAUUUUCCCAACUGACUGAACAGUCAUCACUCAUGUGUUCUAUUCAAACAUGUAUUUAUGUAUGAAGUAAGCCAUUAAAUGAAUAUUUUGAUAAUAAUAUUGUUUUUCUUUUUACAAAGCACUAGAGAAUGCACAGAUAUACUUUGUGGACCAAUUAUUGAUAUAGAUAUAUUAUAAAUAUAUAUAUUAAGAAUAUAUAUAUAGGUAUAAUAGAUAGCUGUUCAUACAGAGUGUGCACAAGGAUUGAAAAUUCGCCUGAGCUGUUUAUGUUUUUAUAUAAAAUAAAUAGAAAAAUAGACAAUCAUUGUUUUGAAUAUUACUCCUAUUUUUGUAAACUGGAAUUAAAAGGAUAGUAUUUUUAUCCAUGACAGGCCUGAAGAUAUUAAUACUGACCAUUUGCUACUGUACAUAAAUAAUGAUGCCCUGCUCCAGGGAGAUUUUGAGAUAAUGAUUUGAAAGAAUUGCUGAAGGGCAUUCUUUCCCAGUGAGUCUCUGGGGCAGGCUGCUUCAGUCCCAGCCGAACUGAACUAGGCACUGUCCCCCUCACUGGAUGGCAAUUCCAAUACUUCUGCUUUCUUUGUUUCUAUUUUUAUGUGUAUUUGUCUCUGUUCAGACCCUCAGCCCAGAAGAAAAUUCUGAUAAAACAAAGCUUGAUCCAAACUGUGCUUCUCCCCAGAAUUCACACCAUUUCUUGGGAGAAGAGUUAGGGGGUUGUACAGAGACAGAGGCUUGGGUAGGAAGGCGAGUCUUUUCUGUACUUCCCGGAAACCCAAUAUCCCAAGGUUAAGGCAAUUGGAACAAAGUGAAGGAAACGUAGGUAUAUGGGAGGAGGCAGGGCAUAAGGCAGGAGGAGGGGGACCUGGAGAGGGACUGGUUUGGGCUGCUGCACCAGGUCUGGGACACUGGCGGCAAGCCGAGUCCCACCGUAGGUCCCCUGCCUGACUGACUUUUGGUCGCUGGAUAUUGGGAAUGGAUGCAAAGUACAAUGUGUUUUUCUCCAGUGCUGUCCAUGCUUCUCAUCUUGUGAAAUGACUAGGCUCCUCCCCUUUGAACCCUGCUCCGUUGGAGCCAGCCUUUUCUUUAGUGGUUUUCUGAAGACUCUCUUUCCCUCCCUCUUGCACUGUUUAAGAACUGUUUAUCAUUUUUCAUUCACUUCUCUUAAACUUGUGAAAGCUUCUUACUUUUUUUUUGUUGUUUGAUGCAAGUAUUUAUUGUAAAGUUUAGGAACCCCUGUGUAGUUACCACUAAGUAAUUAUGCACUAAAUAUGAACCUUUUGUUUCUUGUUUAUUGAGUUUGUAGGUAAAAUGUAUUUUUAUACAUUAUGGCUUAUUGCUUAGUAAAAAUUAUUUCAUAAAACCAA